AUGUUGGUGAUGGGUGCUCUCAAUUUGACUCCCGCCCCUCCAAUCGCCCUGUAUACCUGCCUGUAUGUAGGCCUUGCCAUUCUUGAAAUAACUUACCCCGUCAUCACGGUGAUCGACAAACAGUGGGCAAGCCAAUAUCUGCAAGUGGUUCAAUGGACACUUCCGCGCUUGGUGCAUCAAGUGGACCACACUGGUCUGGUAUCGCAGGAACGCUACUUUACUCAAUGGUUCCUAAUGUAUAUCCUUCACAUCCUCCCGGGCGUGGCCUGGUCGGUCAUUGCAAUGAUGCAGCUCACUCAACCGCUGCCAACGGCUAGAAUCCGUUCCCGCUCUCAUCGCAUUCGGGGCCGGCUGCAGCUAAUAUGCGCCCUGAUUAUAUGUGCUACGUCGUUCUAUAUGAACUGUCUUGACAAAGCACCUGUCACAUACGCUCCCAAGCACUGGGACUAUUCGAUCAAAGGCUGGUUGCAAAAUUCUGAUGCUGCGCUCGCGUUCAAUGCUCUCUGGGUCAUGCUCACAGGAUGGUUCGCCUACACCAAAGCGCUUGCCAUCCCAUCACUUGGGAGCGAGAGGCCACACGCCAUCUGGGCGAUUCGGCAUGUCAUGGCGAUAUACGGCGUGGGGUUGAUGCGUAUAAUUUACAUUGGCACAGGUUUGGUGCUUGAUGUUAUUAGAGAUCCAAGAGAGAGCGUCGAGUUUAAAAUGGCCAUAUUCGGUAUGAGUAUGUGGAUCGGCAUCGUGCUGAGUAUUCUUCAGGGAGAAUGGAUGCUGCGACGAGCCGGGUGGGUUGCUUGGACUGGACGGAUCGUUCCGACCCAAGAUGAGCGCAAGAGAGUUCAAGUCAAAAGGAUCGAUAAAUCUGUGAUCGAGAAGGAAGAGUAA